ACCCGCCAUAUAUCUAGCUGUCACAUUUGCACACACGCGUAUACCAGUGUGUCUUUAGUUGUUGUUUUUUUUUUUUCUAAUUUCGAGCGAAGCAAUUUAACAAAAUUCGUGCGCAGCAACAAGGAACACACAAAAACUCGGAUCCACUUUUCGCCAGCGUGGGCAAAGCGAAAAAAGAGGAGCGAAAAAAAGCACGCUGCCAAGCGUACGCCAUGGCCGAGUAUUGGCAGCAACAGCAGCAGCAGCAGCUGGUAACGAACGGUGCUGACGCAGCGCCUGCUGCGGACGCCUCAACCACAGCGAAUGGGCACAACAACAACAACAACUAUGUGAAUUUUAAUCAAUUUAUCACACAACACAACUUGGCCAGCUCCAGUGUGGGCUACAGCAUUGGUGGUGGCGGCGGCGCCUUUGGCCUGACGCCCAGCAGCAGCGCCACCAGCAAUUUCGGCGGCGGCGGCAACUUGUAUGCGCCAACAUUUUAUGCCUCUCAAAAUGGCGAUGGCGCCGCAAGCGGCAACGGUUAUAAUGCAGCCGCGGCCGCAGCCGCUGCUUAUCCCAAUCCUUAUACACCUUUUGGAAAUAAUCCGUUUGCUGCCGCUGGCGUUGGCUACGAUUUCAGCGCUUCCAAGCUGCAGGCCACAGCGCCCGAAUUUGUGCCCAAUUUUGCCAAGCUCAGUCUGACGUCGGCGUCAGAGACGACGGCAACGGCGGCUUCGCCGUCAGCGUCGGCGUCUAUCAAAAAUCAUAACAACAACAACAACACUGCCACACAGCCAAAUGCAGCAGCAGCAGCAGGCAGCAAUUCUUCACAGCACUCGCAGCCGCAGCAGCUGCCACAAAGAGCCGACCAGAGGCAGCCGCGGCCGCAUGGCAGCGGCAACAAUAGCCGCCAGCAGCGACGCAACGACUACCGCGAGGAUCGCAACGAGGAGCGCUAUGAGCGCGGCAAGAAACCGCAAAAGCAACAGCGCUAUGACAAUCAUCGCAGCAAUAAGCGACGCGACGAUUGGAAUCGCAAUCGGGAUCGCAUCAAUGGCUAUCCACGCGCCAACGAGGAGUUGGACACAAGCAACAGCAAUGACAGCGCGCAGCCGUCGCCAGAGAAGCAGUCGUCGCAACAGCAGCUGCACCAGCAGCAACAAAUCUCACCAAGACGCGCGCCCGAUCAUGAAAAGCUGUCGCAGCGGGAAAAGCUAAUGCGCGACAUUGAGCAGCGGCGUCUGGAGUGCCUGGUCUGUGUGGAGCUGAUUAAGGCGCAUCAUGGCACCUGGUCGUGCCAGAAUUGUUAUCAUGUGCUGCAUCUGAAAUGCACCAUCACCUGGGCAAGCAGCUCAAAAUCCGCCGAGGGCUGGCGUUGCCCCGCCUGCCAGAAUGUGCUGGAGGAGCUGCCGCGCGAAUAUUUGUGCUUCUGUGGCAAACUCAAGAAUCCACCGUUGACGCGCACCGAACUAGCCCACAGCUGCGGUGAGCUGUGCUGCCGUGUCGAGGGCUGCAGCCAUGCGUGCACGCUGCUCUGCCAUCCCGGUCCGUGUCCGCCAUGCCAGGCGAAUGUCAGUCGCAGCUGCGGCUGCGGGCGCACCUCCAAGCUGAUGCAGUGCGCCAUGAAGCAGCCACUGCAGUGUGAGGCGAUUUGCGACAAGCUGCUCAACUGCGGCGAGCAUCGUUGCCAGCAGCCGUGCCAUGCGGGCAAGUGUGAGGCGUGCGCGGAGCAAGUGCAGCAGCAUUGCCAUUGCGGCAAACAGCAGCGCGAGGUGCAGUGCACCCGCGAGAGCCAGGAUAAGCGCAGCUAUUCGUGCAAAGAGUGCUGCAGCAAGCCGCUGCCCUGCGGCAAUCAUAAAUGCAAGGAUUCAUGCCAUGCCGGCGCCUGUCGUCCCUGCAAGCUGAGUCCCACACAAAUCACCAGCUGCCCCUGCGGCAAGCUGCCGGUGCCGGCAACGCAGCGCAGCAGCUGCCUGGAUCCGGUGCCCACCUGCGAGGGCGUCUGCGGCAAAACCUUGCGGUGCGGCAAACCCGCGCAUCCGCAUCAAUGCGCCAGCAAAUGCCACCUGGGCCAGUGCCCGCCCUGCCCCAAGCAAACGGCGGUCAAGUGCCGUUGCGGCCACAUGGAUCAGAUGAUCAAGUGCCGCCAAUUAUCUACCCGUGCGGACGAUGCGCGCUGCAAGCGACGCUGCACCAAGAAGCGCAGCUGUGGCAAGCACAAGUGCAAUGCCGAGUGCUGCAUCGAUAUCGAUCACGCCUGCCCGUUGCCCUGCAAUCGCACGCUCAGCUGUGGCCGGCAUAAAUGCGAUCAGCCCUGUCAUCGUGGCAAUUGCCCGCCCUGCUAUCGCAGCAGCUUCGAGGAGCUGUACUGUGAGUGCGGCGCCGAGGUCAUUUAUCCGCCGGUGCCAUGCGGCACCAAGAAGCCCAUCUGCAAGCGACCCUGUUCGCGGACGCACGGCUGCGAGCAUCCGCCACAGCACAAUUGCCAUGCGGCGUCCAGCUGCCCGCCCUGCAUGAUGUUCACCACCAAAUGGUGCCAUGGUAAUCACGAACAGCGCAAGACCAUACCCUGCUCCCAGGGGAGCUUUAGUUGUGGCCUAGCCUGCGGCAAGCCGCUCGCCUGCGGUCGCCACAAAUGCAUACGGCCCUGUCAUGAGGGCGAAUGCCAGCAGCCGGGCGAACUGUGCCGCCAGAGCUGCACUAAGCCGCGUCUAUUGUGCGGCCACAAGUGCGCGGCCGUAUGUCAUGAGGGCGUCUGUCCUGAAACGCCCUGCAAGGAGCUGGUCGAGGUGCAGUGCGAGUGCGGCAAUCGCAAGCAGAGCCGCAGCUGCCAGGAGCUGGCACGGGAGCACAGUCGCAUUGCCACCGCACAGCUGGCCUCCUCCAUGGCGGAGAUGUCGCGCGGCAACUACAUGGAACUCAGCGAGAUUCUGGCGCCCAACAAGAACAAUAAAUCCAACAAAACCCUGAACUGCAAUGAUGAGUGUCGUCUGUUGGAGCGCAAUCGUCGCUUGGCUAUUGGAUUGCAGUCGCGUAAUCCGGAGACGCAGCUCAAGUCGCUGACAAAGUACUCGGAAUUCUUGCGCGGCUUUGCCAAACGCAAUCCGGCGCUGACCAAGAGCGUCUAUGAAACACUCACCGAUCUGGUCAAGCUGGCCAAGGAGAGCAAACAAAAGUCGAGAAGUCACUCGUUUCCCACAAUGAAUCGUGAGAAGCGUCAAUUGGUGCAUGAACUAUGCGAAGUUUUUGGCGUGGAGUCUGUUUCCUACGACAAGGAGCCCAAUCGUAAUGUAGUUGCCACAGCGCACAAGGAGCGGUGCUGGCUACCAGCCACAAGCAUCAUGGAGGUGCUGGCACGUGAAUCUGGACAACGUCGCGUGCCUGUGCCCAGCAACAAUGCAUGGAGCCUCAAAAAGUAGCAGGCAAUAUUUCAUCCGUUUAUCCUUGACAAUACACGAACACAUUUUGCAGAGUUUAUAAAAGGAUGGAGAGGGAGGGAGACCUCUUUGUAAACCUCUUAAAACUAGCCUGAACAUAAUCGAAAAAUUUCUAAAACGUUAGUUAAAAUAUUGUUGCAUGGACAAUUUUAAGUAAAUGAAAGGUUGCAGGAUAUACCAAAUGAACAUAAAAGGAAACAGUGUGGAAAACAAUACUAAAAAACCGAGAAGAAAUGGAAACUGUUAAUCAACUUUCAACUGUUUUAUGAUGAAUUUAUAUAAAGCUGAAUCCUUUGACUACGUUGCAUAUAUACAGAAUAAUAAACAAAAUAAGGAAGCGAUUUAAAAAAGGAAA